AGUAUUACGUUUAUCUUAUGUCUAAUCUUUAUAUCAAUACUAUUUCUAAAAACGAAAGAUGAGUGAAAAACAAUUUUCCUUUCAAGUUAUUUACUUUAAGUUAUUUUGCAUCUUUUGUUAUGAAGAAAUUAAAAUUCUCGACUUCGUACCAAGAGAUAAGAUAUGUAUGCAGAUUCAUCUGAAUACGCAUAAACAAUAUAUAUAUAUAUAUGCACGUAUGUUAUUAGGGAGAUAUUAAAUAGGGGAAGAAAUAAUUAUCGAUGAUCAUUCUGUAUUCAGAACUGAAGAAAGAAUGUCACCAUUUCUUGUUAUAAUACUAGUUUUAUUAGUAGGAUAUAAAAUCUACAAAAGUAUAAGUACACUUCCAAAUACACCACCAUGCAUUCCGCGAUUGCCAAUAGUAGGAUCUUAUUGGUAUUUAUUAUGGUAUAAUUACAAAUAUCCUUUUAAAGCUGUGACGUAUUAUGCAAAUAAGUUGAAAUCUAAAGUCUUGACAUGCCACUUUGGUGGUAUUGUGACUGUAGUUGCGAAUGAUUAUAACAGUAUUAAAGAAGUACUAACGAAAGAUGAUUUUGACGGAAGAGCGGGCAAUAUAGACGUUCUCUUAGCAAGAUCCUUUGGAGAAUCAUUAGGUAUCUUUUUCGUCGAAGGUUUAUUUUGGCAAGAACAAAGAAGAUUUGUUCUUCGACAUAUGAGAGAUUUUGGAUUUGGUAGAAGACAAGAAAAAUUUGAAACGAUCGCAAUGGAAGAAAUUGCAAUUCUUAUUGACAUGCUGAAAGAAGGUCCCAUUAACGACAAAGAAAAGACAAUCUUAAAAAGUGGUUCCGCGCGAUUUCCGGAUAUUCUGUAUCCAUAUGUUGCGAAUACUAUAUGGUAUAUAAUGUUUGGCGAAAAAUUCGAUCGUUCAGAAUAUCAUAAACUGAGAUAUUUUUGUGAAUCUGCUAUGAUGUUUCAAAGAGCACUUGACACUACUGGAGGAGCUCUUUCUCAAUUUUGGUUCUUAAAGUAUUUUGGAAAUAUGUUUGGAUAUAAAAAUAUAAUGCUAGGAACUUAUCGUAUGGUAGAUUUCAUUAAGGAACAUUUAGACAAGAGAAAAUACUCAGAUAAUGAGGACGAUAAAGGUUUAAUAGACCGAUAUUUAAAGGUUUUAAACGGAAACGCUAAAGGAAAAUCAUUCUCCGAAAAACAACUUAUUAUGAUUCUUGUGGAUAUCAUGUUUCCAGCUUCAUCUGCGGUGCCAAGUGCUCUUCUACACACAAUCAAGCUUAUAAUGCAUCAUCCAGAAGUAAUAAAAAAUAUAAGAGAGGAAAUAGAUAAAGUGGUUGGAACUGGAAGACUCAUUACGUGGCAAGACAGGAAGAAUUUACCAUAUAUCGAAGCAACAAUACGGGAAUCGCUCAGAUACGAAACACUGACACCAUUCAGCGUAUUACAUAAAGCGAUAAAGAGAACCACUCUUUCUGGUUUUGAUGUUGCCAAGGAUACAAUAGUAAUUACCAAUUUAGACGGACUAAAUACAGACGUCGAUUUAUGGGGUGAUCCCCAUAAUUUUAGGCCUGAAAGAUUUCUUACAGAAGAUGGUAAACUGCGUAAAGAUCUCACAUUUUCUUUUGGAUUUGGGCGUCGUGUGUGUAUGGGUGAAACUUUUACGAGAUAUAAUAUGUUCGGGAUAAUCGCUGUAUUAAUGCAAAACUUUAACUUCUCGUUUAUAGAGGAUGAACCAAAUAGUCUCAAAGAUAAAAUGCCAGGUUUAAUUGUUAGUCCAAAAGAAAUGUGGAUUCGAGUGGAACCACGUUAUACCUGAUUGAUAUAUAAUACAUUUCAUAUUCUUUUACAAUCUAAAUACCUAUUUCUCUAUAAUUUUUUAUUCAAAUAUUGUUAUUAACACAUAACACAUUAACAAUAUAUUUCACCUUACUGAAACAAUUUUUAUCCUAAUUUGAAAUGAUAAAAGCUACGAAACUGUAAGGAUUAAAAAUAGAAAGUCGUAUAUAAUUUGUGUACUAUAAAUUUAUUUCAUAAUCUGAGAUAGUCAGAGACGAAAGUUACAUUGUAUUGAAUAAACGUAAUUAAUAUACAAAGAUUUUCAUAAGAGUUGACUACAAACAAGUUUCAUUGAUGAUUGAUUAUACUAUGUUAAGCGAUCUACAAAACUGUCAAUAUUUUUAAAAUAUUCAGUGCCCAUGAAAUAAAAACUUUAUAUACAUAUAUUGCAACUUUGAAGAAGGUAGAGAAGAUAUGCUUAAUCUUAUGAGCUGUAAAAAUUAAGAGCUUACUUAAAUAUAUACAUUUUAAUGUUUAUUUUCCCAAA